AUGGAAGUCAAUGGUGAACCAGAUAUAGCUGGUAUUUUAAGCGCGGCUUUAAUGCCAUUGAAAGAUAUGAAACAUGCAGAUAUUUUGGACCAGUAUGAAAUGAACAUGGCUGAUGGAAAUAUAACACCUGACGUUCUAGAACAUUUAUCUCAAAGAACUACACAGAACCAUAGAGAUGGUAUAUUUGGUGAAGAGUUUAGAAAGAAAGUUAUGGACAGAGAAGGAAGAGAACCUAUUGUACAUGACCUUGCAAACGAAAGUUUACAAAAUGUCAUAAAAACUUACUUUGCAGACAAUGAACCGAGAAGGGAUGAAUAUUUAAGAAAACUCAAAUGGACAGUACCAAAUGAAAUGUUAGUAUUGAAAAACAUGUUCCUUGACAAAAUAAAACCAACUACAGAAAUAAACGACGCAAGACUGAAAGAUUGGGUAGAAGCUUUCCCAUUCACAAAAGAUAUAGUUGGUAACAUGGAAAGAAAACCAGAAUGGCUACAAAAACAUAUAUUUGGAAACGAGCAUAUUCCAUAUGGACAGGCACUGUUUGAAGAGCUUGAACCGGAAACUCAGGAAAGAGUCAUGCAAACAAUACGCGAAGACUCAAAUACAGACUAUGACAAACUCUUUCUAGGAUAUAGGUUACCUGAGAUGGGCGACCAGAGCCAAAAGGCAAAAAGGACAUGGGAAAUUUGCAACAUACUAGAUGAACAUAAUGCAAAGAUGCAACAACUUCAAGCAGAGGGCAAUGAAGGAAAAAGAAGAGUUAAAAACUCAGUCAGGAAGAAAGUAAAGCUUGGUCCACGUGGGUUCUAUUAUGACAUAUAA